AUGUCGGACGCGGAAGCCCCGACAUCUCCCCCUCGCGCUGGCGAGGGCAAAUCCUUCGUCUCGCAGGCAAUGACUGAGGACGACGAUACGCAAAUGAUGGAUGCGACUCCGGAGCCGACCGAGAAGACUUCAGGCCGUGGUAAGAAGGGCGGCCAGUCAAAAGAUUCAUCUCAGGUCGUCACCGGAAAGAUUAGACAUCUGAAGAAGGAGGAUGGCGAGCCCCUCUGGCGCAAAGACAUCCAGUAUGACUUCCUCAGAGCCAUCUUUGAUGACGAGAAUGAGGUCUUCACCAACUCCUACGACCCCGACAAGGGCCGCCAGAACUUUGCCGAUCUCUACAUCGACACCAUGUCGCGUAGCAGCAAGACGAGCAAGGUCUUGCGCGACAAGCUGCUUAGCGACCGGAGUGCUGCCAAGGGAAUGGCAAUGGUCUGUCUGCUGGUCAAUAUCGGAAGGAUGAACACGACGCUCAAUUUUUUUCCCGAGAUGCGAGCCCAAUUACGAACCUACCACGCCAUCCCUUCCCUGCAGGCCAACCAAGAUGCGCACGCCUAUAAACAGCUUCAAGACGCCCCGAGAUUGAAGUCCAUCCUGAAGGGCGGCGCUGAGGAUCGGGAGGAGCCCUCCUCUCUCAACAAGAUAAAAUCUUUGGAAGCUCCGAGGACGAACCCGGUCAACCUGCUCUUCUUGAUAUGUCAGUCGGCUGCCAAGAUUGCCGAGCUGCACUUCCCUCCUGGGCGGGAGUUCCACGAUCUCGUUAUGAAGACCAACUACACCAGCAAAUCCCGUGCGAGGGCUUUCCUCUGGGUUAUGUGGUUCUAUCUCGAAUCCGAUUUCACGGAAGAGGGUUGCGAAGAGAACCCGUUUGGUUCGGGUGUCGACUACAACGUAGAUGUCGCUAAUCAAGGCAUCCCCGAGCUGGAGAUCAUGACCCCCGAGGAAGAGGCGCUGGAGAACGUUGACACGCCCGCCGAGAUCCAGUUUGGAGAGGAGAAGCAGAAGAUGCGUGCUAAGAUUCUUGAGGCGGACCAGGCAUACCUGGCCGACAGUCAGACCAAGCGAGGUUCGAGAACAUCUCGUAUCAUGGCCGAGGAGGGGCCAGCAAUCUUACCGAAGAUCCGCCCAUCGAGACACGAAUCCGAUCUGGAUAGUACGAGAUCGACACCGCCGCCAAGGGCUCUGGCCCGCGGGCUUGGAAGCACCAUUAGACGUGGCGGAGCCUCUCUCAAGUACCAGAUCUUCGAAGGCUCCUCGCCAGCUGGCCCCGGCCACCAUCAAGCAGAGGGGAUUCCCACCCGAAAGCCUCGACCGCCCACGGCGCACCAGAUUGCAGUUGAGAGGAACAGGAAUCAGAGGGUCGAAUACAUCCUCGACCGUGGCAUCCGCAAGCAACACCAUAAGGCCAGAAAGGCCCGACGUCAAGAUGGUGCCAUCUACCGCCAGUACCAGCGUAACCUGCAUCUUUCAGACCCCUUUGAGAACAGCGACGGUGAGGAUGGCUCCCAGCCGUUUGUCGGUGGUGACAAAUCCCUUGGCCUACUUCGGCUCAAAUUUGGCAGCGUGGGAGAUACCGAUGACUUUGGCGAGGAGGCAGCCUCCUAUGCUGCUGCUAUCCGACGCGCUACGAGACGCCUACGCAGGUGGGCGGCGCACGAAGGACCCCCGCUUGGCGUCGUCCCUGCUCGAAAGAAGAGAAAGCAGAAUGGUGUUGAAGAUGGCGAUGAGAGGGGUGGGGACAUGGACGCCUCUAGGAUGGGCACUCCAUCCAGGAUGAAUGGUGACGCGGAUGGAGACAUGACUCUGGGUGGCGUAACCAUGGGAGACAUGACGAUGGACUACGAUGAUGACGGCGGCGACGAAGACGACGACGAAGGCAAUGAGACGCUUCUUCGCGACGACGGCUUCGAGGACGAGACGCUGCGUGUUGAGGAGUAA